GAGUAUCGUCUGGUUCCAGAUGCAGGCGACACGGUCUUGAAAAAACAGAUACCAAGCUCUUGCAUGUUUUCAUAACUCUCCGGUACACCCAGCCGAACCAACGAAUAGACGUGACGUCAUCAUGGAUAUGAUAUACAUAGUUAUUUCUAUAAUAGUGUUUGUGUCUAAGACUGGCCUGGGUGUGGUUACCACGACAACGUGUUCCUCCGUCAGUCAGUGCUACUGCUGUAGAUGGACAACCAGAGAGGAGACAGUUCAACAGAAAUGUUCCCAGCCCCGCUAUGUUCUCAUGCACAGUGAGGUGUGUAUCCAGUGGGCUGGGCGGCGGUGUGCACAGACCGACAGGAGGGUCUCACGAGUGAUGGACGGGACGAUCGACCAGAUGUGCACAGUGACUCGGCAAGUUCGCGAGUGUGCCGAGUGCUGCGUCACCGCCGGCAGCGUGGGUCAGACGACUUGCGUCACCACCGUCACCACCAGUGGGGGAGGAGGAGGAGAAACCGCCCCCAAGCCGCCGCCGCUGCCGCCACUGCCGCCACAGCAGCCUCCAUUGGGCCGACCAGAACCUCAAACCGCAGGAUCCCAGUAUUACCGACCGAGCAAAGGGUACAGCGGCAGGGAUGGUAACGCGCCGGUUGGGCGUCAAGGCUUGACGCAGACUCAGACGCUGACGCAGACCUGCUGCGUCACGACGGACCUGACGCAGUGCUGCACCGGGCUCACGGCGGCCGAGCUGGCGCUCGCCAGCUGCUGCGCUGCUCUCCAGAUGGAGGCGCAGAAACAGGCCGAGCUCGCCGCCCAACAGGCGAGUCUGGAGGCCCAGAGACUGGCGGCUUUGGCUUCCCAGAGACACGCCACGACAGUCGCGCAUCAGAGGUCCAAGCUGGAGUCAGACAAGCUGGCGCAGAUGGAAGCGGAGCGGAUCGCACUCCGCGCUGCCCACCAGAGGGCGCAGAUGAAAGCCGAGGCCGAGAACAUCACAGAGACGGCGAGGCUCAUGAAUCUUGAAGAGCAGAGGCAGUCUCACCUACAGGCCCGCAGCGCUGCGGCACAGGCGGCGAAGAGACAGGCGGAGAUAGCAGCCGAGAACACAGCCAUCCUCAAGGCGAAGCACACCGCGGCUCUGCAAAAGCAGGCGGAGAUGGUGGAAUUGGCAGAGUUCCAGCUGCAGAUGGCUAUCGAGAAGAAAGCCGGACUUCUCGCGGAGCAGGCCGCGGCUCUGAAGGCUCAGCAAGACCGUCUGGACGCAGCUCGGCUUCAGGUGGAGAUAGAGAAACAAAAGAUGGCGGAGCUGGUCGCGAAACACGAGUUAGAGCUGCAGAACAUGCUGAGAGAGAUUGCCGCUGCCAGACUCAAAGCUCAAAGAGAAGCUGCCCUGAAGGCCAACCUUUCGGUGGAGCACCAGAAUGCGUUGGAGAGACAGAAGGCUGAGCAGAAAUCGCUGGAACACCAUGCGAGGUUGCAGUCGCUGCGAUUCUCUCAGACAGCUGCUGAGCACCAGGCCCAGAGGCAGAACGAACAGCUGGCAGCUCUGGAGGCGGCACGCAAUGCUCAGCUGGAGAAGGCGAGGAGGAACCAGUCCCUAGUGGAGCUGGAGACACAGAUCGACAAGCAGGCGAAGACCGUCAAAGACGUGCAAUUACAGAAGGAGAUGGAAGCCCAGAGACUGGCGAGUCUGGAGGCCAGCCACAGGGCGCGGGAGGCGGAGAAGAAGGUCGCUCAAUUUCAGGCCAUGAAGUACGUCCAGCCGGUGCCUGAACCCGAGCCCCAGGUGCAGGUCAAGACGGAGACGGUGUGCACGACCACAGGCGGGUGUUUGAUAUCCCGGGCGGGAGCCUACUCCCAGAGGAGGCAGCUGGCGAGGCAGGUGGCCACGACGUGCUGCUCCAUGACUGACGCCCUGAGGACGGCCUGCUGCACCUCCUCCGUGAAGAGCUCCGCCCCUAGCUGCUGCACGACCAUCACGCAGGACGCCAGACCUAUCCGAUACCCGACCAACGGGCGCCCGAGCUGCUGUACGGUCUCCACUGUGGCUCUCACCUCCUGCUGUAGCAGCACCAACUGGCUCGCCGUCUGCUGCUAGGAGGAAGCAGUGUUCCUGAACCUGCAGGAAUCCGGUGUGAGAUGUGGAGUCGUAGUAAGUCCUUAUAGUCGCCAUGUAUUCGUGUUUUUAUUUCUUCAAUUUCUGGACCAGUCACUGUGUUGCCUUAGAGACUAACUGUCUGCUGCUAGAGAUGUGUAAGAAGAAUAAAUAUUUCUGAACAUGUAGGAAACCUGUGUGGGACACAUCUGAGUCUUAGUAAAUCCUUAUAGUCGUCAUGGAUUCGCGUUUUUAUUUCAUCAAUUUCUUGACCAGACUGUUUUCUUAGCAGCACCAACUGCUAGAGACGUGCAGAAGGAAUCCAUUGUAUCCUUAUUCCUGAACAUGUGGGAAUCAAGUGUGUGACAGUGGUAGUAAAUCCUUAUAGACUGCACAGAAGGAUUCAGUAUUGCAGAACAUGUCGGAAACCCGUGUGUGACAUAAUUAAAUCGUAGUAAAUCCUUAUAAUUUUGAUAUAUACUCGCGUUUAUCUUUCUACAAUGUCUGUACCAGAGACUGUGUUCUCUUAUAGACAGAUUGGUUCUAACCUUAUGUAUCAGUACCAAACUGCUGACCAUCUGCCAUUGUGGCAUAUAGAUUAAAGCCACUGUCUGAUGUGUAUCCUUAGUCCACCAUUAGAACAAUAUUCAUAAAAUGUAGUAAUAAACCACUGUAUGACAUAUCUAUUGAAGUCAUAAUAAACCACUGUAUGACAUAUCUAUUGAAGUCAUAAUGAACCACUGUAUGACAUAUCUAUUGAAGUCAUAAUAAACCACUGUAUGACAUAUCUAUUGAAGUCAUAAUAAACCACUGUAUGACAUAUCUAUUGAAGUCAUAAUGAACCACUGUAUGCCAUAUCUAUUGAAGUCAUAAUGAACCACUGUAUGACGUAUCUACUGAAGUCACAAUAAACCACUGUAUGACAUCUAUUGAAGUCACAAUAAACCACUGUAUGACAUAUCUACUGAAGUCACAAUAAACCACUGUAUGACAUAUCUAUUGAAGUCACAAUAAAGCAUUUUAGGAUG